GUUGAAUCGUUGUGUCAGUGGGCAGUCUGUGUGUGUGUGGUACGGAGAGUGGUGCGGAGUGGAACCGGGGCGAGAGCUAUAGAGCAGGACCAGCGGCGCGUUCCGGUGUGAACUAACUUUCUUUUUUUGGUUUUGUUUUCCUAUUUGUUUCGUCGAAAACCUGUUUAAAUAUACCCCGAAUGUCGGAUUUGGACUUCGGCUGUUUUUGAGCGACGGUUGGGAUCGGGAUGAAAUUUUUUUGUUGUUGUUUGUCAGAGCGCGAGAAGAAACUCGACAGUUUGAACGAACCUUCUUCGACGGUUGGAGCGGCGCGCGCGUCGGGAAAGGCGUUGCAGCCUUGAGAGAGUGAGGGAGAUAAAGAGAGAGAAAGAAAGAAAGAGAGAGAGAGAGUGAGUGAGUGAGUGAGUGUCGUUUCCUCUAACACAGAGUCAGGUCGCGGAGUGUGCACGGUGUGGACGUGUUCCUCACUGCCGGGAUCUUGGAUUUACUGGAGACAAAAGUCGCCCAGAGAGCAGGACUGGGUGGAAGGACACCUCUGGUACCGAGGGGGAUCUUGUCCACCUGCUCAGAUCUGCCCAAGGCUCCAUAUCCCCCCAGAUCCCACAGGGAUACACGCAAGAUGUAUCCACAGGGCCGGCAUCCGGCGCCUCAUCAGCCUGGGCAACCCGGGUUCAAAUUCACGGUGGCGGAAUCGUGUGACCGGAUCAAAGACGAGUUUCAGUUCCUGCAAGCCCAGUAUCACAGCCUGAAGGUGGAGUACGACAAACUGGCCAACGAGAAGACGGAGAUGCAGCGUCACUAUGUCAUGUAUUAUGAGAUGUCCUAUGGACUCAACAUUGAAAUGCACAAACAGACUGAGAUUGCAAAGCGCCUCAAUGCAAUUCUUGCUCAAAUCAUGCCUUUUCUGUCACAAGAGCACCAACAGCAGGUAGCGCAGGCUGUUGAGCGUGCUAAGCAAGUGACAAUGACCGAGCUGAAUGCCAUCAUCGGGGUACGUGGACUUCCCAAUCUGCCUCUCACCCAACAGGCCCAUGCCGUCUAUCCCGCUCUGAUGCAGCAGCAGCUCCAGGCUCAGCACCUCUCUCAUGCGGCACAUGGUCCUCCUGUCCAGCUGCCCCCUCACCCCUCAGGCCUGCAGCCCCCUGGCCUUCCCCCAGUCACAGGCUCUGGAUCUGGCCUGCUCACGCUCGGAGCUCUGGGAAAUCAGGCGCACUUACCGGUCAAAGACGAGAAGAAUCAUCACGAUCUGGAGCACAGAGACCGGGAGUCGAGCACGAAUAACUCUGUGUCGCCGUCGGACAGCCUGCGGGCCAGCGAGAAACACAGAGCCUCGUCUGACUACAGCUUGGAUUCAAAGAAACGCAAAAUGGAAGAGAAGGACAACUUAAGAUAUGACAGUGAUGGUGACAAAAGCGAUGACCUGGUGGUCGACGUGUCCAAUGAGGACCCACCCACUCCGAGGGGCAGCCCCUCUCACUCUCCACCAGAGAACGGCCUGGACAAGGCCCGUGUGCUGAAGAAAGAUGCCCCAAACAGUCCAGCCUCUGUGGCUUCAUCUGGGAGCACGCCAUCUUCCAAAGCCAAGGAUCACCCUCACAAUGAUAAAUCUUCGACGCCAGGCCUGAAGUCCAACACUCCCACCCCACGCAAUGAUGCACCCACCCCAGGAACCAGCAGUACCCCAGGACUCAGGCCCAUCCCAGGGCCCAAACCCCUUGGCAUGGAAGUCUUGGGUCCUGCACUGCGGACUCCUCUGUCCUACGCUGCUCCAUUUGCAAUGAUGGGUCAUCACCCAGAGAUGAACGGCUCUCUCUCCAGUACGGGUGUCUACGGCCUCAUCUCCCCUCAGAUGAGCGCAGCGGCCACGGCGGCAGCUUACGGCCGGCCGCCCAUGCCUGGAUUUGAUCCACAUCCUCACAUGCGGGCUCCAGGUCUCCCAGCCAGCCUGUCGUCGAUCUCUGGAGGAAAACCAGCGUACUCAUUCCACGUCAGUGCAGAUGGUCAGAUGCAGCCCGUCCCUUUUCCUCCAGAUGCGCUGAUCGGCCCAGGCAUCCCACGCCACGCACGCCAGAUUAACACGCUGAGCCAUGGCGAGGUGGUCUGUGCCGUCACCAUUAGCAACCCCACACGCCACGUUUACACGGGUGGCAAGGGAUGUGUCAAGAUCUGGGACAUCAGCCAGCCUGGCAGCAAGAGCCCCGUGUCCCAACUGGACUGCCUGAACAGAGAUAAUUACAUUCGUUCGUGUAAGCUGCUCCCAGACGGCCGCACACUGAUCGUGGGUGGCGAGGCCAGCACUCUGACCAUUUGGGACUUGGCCUCUCAGACACCGCGCAUCAAGGCUGAACUGACCUCAUCAGCCCCGGCCUGCUACGCUCUGGCCAUCAGCCCUGACGCCAAGGUCUGCUUCUCCUGCUGCAGCGACGGAAAUAUCGCCGUGUGGGACCUACACAACCAGACCCUUGUCAGGCAGUUCCAGGGUCACACAGAUGGCGCGAGCUGUAUAGACAUCUCUCACGACGGCACCAAGCUGUGGACGGGUGGCCUGGACAACACCGUCCGCUCCUGGGACCUGAGAGAGGGACGACAGCUCCAGCAGCACGACUUCACCUCACAAAUCUUCUCUCUGGGCUACUGUCCGACUGGUGAGUGGUUGGCUGUAGGGAUGGAGAGCAGCAACGUGGAGGUUCUCCACCACACCAAACCAGACAAAUACCAGCUACACCUACAUGAGAGCUGCGUGCUCUCCCUCAAGUUCGCCUAUUGCGGUAAAUGGUUUGUGAGCACAGGGAAGGACAAUCUGCUGAAUGCCUGGAGGACGCCGUACGGCGCGAGCAUUUUCCAGUCUAAGGAGUCCUCAUCUGUCCUGAGCUGUGACAUCUCUGCUGAUGAUAAAUACAUCGUGACAGGAUCUGGUGACAAGAAGGCCACAGUGUAUGAAGUCAUUUACUAGAUUUAGGAGCGAUCCACGAAAUCCAAGGACCCGUGACCAGAGCUUUUUUCGGGCUCGUUAACAGUGGAACCUGAGUGAUCCCUUACCCUUCCUCCAAAGACCUCAAAGAUACGAAACCAUGCUGGGGUUAUAUUUCAACUGGGAAUUAAUUAAUUAUUGUGAUGUUUUUUGAUCCUUUUUAUUAUUUUUUUUUGUGAUACUGGACUCGUCUGCUACAGAACCUUUUUGGAGAGACCGCUCAACAAAUCUGAGGACUGCUCACGGACGGCACUAAAGAAGUACAUAUUGUCUUGCCUUUUCCAUUCGAUCUGGUCACGAGAUUCUCCGGGUGCGUGUGCCUAUUCUUUCAGUCAUUAGUCCUUUUUAUUUUCUGCUUUGUUUUAACGAAAAGCAGCUGAUCUGUGAUGCAACAUGAAGCAGUGCUUCAUUUUUAGCCUCCCUCUCCCUGGACGACUUGUGAAAAGUGUAUAUAUGGAGUAAUAAAAACAUUUUAUAAAUAUCUAUGAUUAUAUGUACAUAUAUAUAUUUCCUUGUCCUGGUAUACUUGUGAUGGGUUUUCUUUGUCCUCAUGUCCUCGAUGCUUGAUCAACUGUAGAUUAGGACCUACUAUUUUUUUUUUUUUUUUUUUUUUUUUUUUUUUUUUUUUUCUUUUCUUUUUUUAAAAAAGGUGGAUUUGUCUUUUUGUUUAAAUUUUUGUAAGCUGACUCUCUGGGUUGCCAAUUAACGGCCCACUUCAGGCUGGACAUGGUGUUGAACAGCAAGGACCUUUUUAAAAGCUUGGCUGGUUUGGACAUUAAAGAUAUGCUGCAGCGGUGGUGGAUGAUGCAUUUUGGACGUUGCGGUUGGUCGUUUCACGGACAAUGCCAAAUAGCGUUAGAUUCUGCCAAGUCCUGGAGAGCACCCAAAGGAACGUGGGGAGAUGUUUGUAAAUUAAAACCAAUAUUAAACUUGGACAGUUAA